GUGUUACAGAACGCCGAGGGAGGGUGUUGAGGAUUAUUCUGGGAUGUCUGCCCCCUUUGUGUGUUUGUGAGGAUGUUAGCUAAGCUUUGCUAGCCACUAAGGCAGGGGGAGAGAAGGGGGACGGAUAGUGUGUAACGUGUUUUGCGGGGUCAUUAACGACACAUUUUUAUUGCGCUGGAUAUUGUUGCUCAUUAAUCUCUAGAAAAUACUAUUACCACUACUAAGAGACAUAGUCAUUACACGAAGGAGACUCAGCUAUACCAGGGACUACACGCCCCCCCCACCCCCCCCUCCAUUCUGCUGGACACCCCCAUUCCAUUCUCCACCACCACCCACACGUCAUUUUCCCUCCUCCCGCACUAACAAGAUCAGGCAAGGUUCGGCGAAGAGGGAAAUCUCGCUUUGAAUUGAAAUUAAAAAAUUAUAUAUACAAUUAUGUCGGCAAGCGAGAGCGAGAGGGAAGACAUGGGACCUAUGGCACUAGCACAUGACGAGGAACCAGAAGAGGCUAUGUCUGAUAUUGAGGUCCCCACCAAGUCAAAGAAGAAGAAGAAAGCCAAGAAAAGCCGUGAGAGCAGGAGCAGCAAAAGACAGAGGCCAAUCAGAGAGGAUGUGCCUGUCAGUUCUCCAGAACCGCUCUUGGCAGUAGAGCCUCUAGCGAGAGAUGAGGAAGAGGGCGGAGGAAGAGCUAGGUCAGAAAGUGAGGGAAGUGAUUAUGCCCCAAGGGGAAAGAAGAAGAAGCGCUCCAGCUCCUCCAAAGAGAAGAAGAAGGGAGGAGGUAUGAGUGGAGAGAGAGAGAAAGGAGGCUCAUCAUCCGGCUCCAAGAGUAAACGGAAAGAACCAGAACUAGACAAAGAUGAAGAUGAUGAUGAUGAUGAUGACGACGAUAGCCAGGAACCCAAGAGCUCCACCCAACUGCUGGAGGACUGGGGCAUGAAGGACAUCGACCAUGUCUUCACUCAGGAGGACUACAUCACCAUCACCAACUACAAGGCCUUCAGCCAGUUUGUCAGACCCUUAAUUGCAGCCAAAAAUCCCAAGAUCGCUGUGUCUAAGAUGAUGACACUGAUGAUGGCCAAGUGGCGAGAGUUCAGCACCAACAACCCUCUCAAGGGCUGUGCCAGUGCCAAUGCAGCCCUGGCAGCUGCCAACGUGGCUGCUGCUGUGGAGAGCAUGGUGGUGGCAGGGGCAGAGGGGGAUACCGGGGCCGGUGCCGCUAAAGACUCACCUCCCCCUGUUUCUGCUCCCACGGCUGUGGCCGUUCCGCCUGUACCCCCACUCCGCAAGGCCAAGACCAAAGAGGGCAAAGGCCCCAAUGCUCGCAGGAGGUCCAAGCCCACCGCUAAGCCAGCCCCCAAGCCCAAAGCCAAGAAGGUGGCUCCACUCAAGAUCAAGCUGGGAGGCUUCAACAGCAAGAGGAAGCGAUCCUCGAGUGAGGAAGAUGAUCCCGAAGUGGAGAGUGACUUCGACGAUGGGACCUUUGACGUGUCGGACGGCUCCAACGGCAACAGCAGCCGCUCCAAGAAGAAGGUCAAGAUCUCCAAGAAGAAGAAGAGAGUGGAGGAGGAUGGGGAUGGUUAUGAGACUGACCACCAGGACUACUGUGAGGUGUGCCAGCAGGGGGGGGAGAUCAUCCUGUGUGACACCUGCCCCCGGGCCUACCACAUGGUCUGUCUGGACCCCGACAUGGAGAAGGCUCCCGAGGGCAAGUGGAGCUGCCCCCACUGUGAGAAAGAAGGGAUUCAGUGGGAGGCCAAAGAGGAUCUGUCUGAUGGGGAGGUGGAAGAUGAGGAGGUCGGGCGGGAUGAGGGAGGGGUGGAGGAGGAGGAUGACCACCACAUUGAGUUCUGCCGGGUGUGUAAGGACGGAGGAGAGCUGCUGUGCUGUGACACUUGUCCCUCCUCCUACCACAUCCACUGUCUCAACCCCCCCCUCCCGGAGAUCCCCAACGGGGAGUGGAUCUGUCCUCGGUGCAUGUGCCCUGGCAUGAAGGGUAAAGUCCAGAAGAUUCUGACCUGGAAGUGGGGUGAGCCGCCGCCCCCCACCCCUGUGCCCCGCCCCCCGGACCUCCCGGCAGAUGCCCCAGACCCCCCCCCAAUGGUCGGCCGUCCAGAGAGGCAGUUCUUUGUGAAGUGGUGCAACAUGUCCUACUGGCACUGCUCCUGGGUACAGGAGCUACAGCUUGAGCUGAACUGUCAAGUGAUGUUCCGUAACUACCAGAGGAAGACGGACAUGGAUGAACCCCCACCGGUGGAUUUUGGAGGGGAAGGGGAUGAUGACAAGAGCACCAAGAGGAAGAACAAAGACCCCCUGUAUGUACACAUGGAGGAGGAGUUCUACCGCUAUGGAGUCAAGAUGGAGUGGCUCAUGAUUCAUCGCAUCCUCAACCACAGUGUUGAUAAGAAGAGCAAUGUGCACUACCUGAUCAAGUGGAGGGAUCUUGCAUACGACCAGGCCUCCUGGGAGAGUGAGGAGAUGGACAUCCCUGAGUAUGACCUGUACAAGCAGACCUACUGGAACCACAGAGAAUUGAUGAUGGGAGAUGAGGGCAGGCCUGGUAAGAAGCUGAAAAAGGUGGCUAAAGUCAAGAAGAUUGAGAAGCCCCCUGCUAACCCCGUGGUGGAUCCCACCAUAAAGUUUGACCGACAGCCGGACUACCUGGACUCUACUGGGGGCACGCUGCACCCCUACCAGCUAGAAGGGCUCAACUGGCUCCGUUUCUCCUGGGCUCAGGCCACUGACACUAUUCUGGCCGAUGAGAUGGGUCUGGGCAAGACUGUCCAGACUGCAGUGUUCCUCUACUCACUCUACAAAGAGGGUCAUUCCAAGGGUCCGUUCCUGGUGAGCGCUCCCUUGUCCACCAUCAUCAACUGGGAGAGAGAGUUUGAGAUGUGGGCACCAGACAUGUAUGUGGUGACCUAUGUCGGAGACAAGGACAGCAGAGCUGUGAUCAGAGAGAACGAGUUCUCCUUCGAGGGCAACGCCAUCCGUGGGGGCAAAAAGGCUUCUAAGAUGAAGAAAGACUCAUCAGUGAAGUUCCAUGUGCUGCUGACAUCCUAUGAGUUGAUCACCAUAGACCAGGCGGUGCUGGGCUCAAUAGACUGGGCCUGUCUGGUCGUGGACGAGGCCCACAGACUGAAGAACAACCAGUCAAAGUUCUUCAGGAUCCUGAAUAACUACCCCCUCCAACACAAGCUGCUGUUGACCGGUACACCUCUACAAAACAACCUGGAAGAACUCUUCCACCUGCUUAACUUCCUCACCCCAGAGAGAUUCAAUAACUUGGAGGGUUUCCUGGAGGAGUUUGCUGACAUCGCCAAAGAGGACCAGAUUAAGAAGCUCCAUGACAUGCUGGGACCACACAUGCUCAGGAGACUAAAGGCUGACGUCUUCAAACACAUGCCCUCCAAGACUGAGCUCAUCGUACGAGUGGAACUCAGCCCCAUGCAGAAGAAGUACUACAAGUUCAUCUUGACCCGUAACUUUGAGGCCCUGAACACCCGCGGAGGAGGAAACCAAGUGUCCCUGCUCAACGUGGUCAUGGACCUCAAGAAGUGUUGUAAUCACCCCUACCUCUUUCCUGGGGCGGCAAUGGAGGCGCCAAAGAUUCCAAAUGGAAUGUACGAGGGCAGCGCCCUCACGAGGGCUUCUGGGAAACUGACGUUGCUGCAGAAGAUGAUGGUUAAACUCAAGGAGGGAGGACACCGAGUGCUCGUCUUCUCUCAGAUGACCAAGAUGUUGGACUUGCUGGAGGACUUCCUGGAGAAUGAAGGUUAUAAAUAUGAGAGGAUUGAUGGCAGCGUAACGGGGGGCAUGAGACAGGAGGCCAUCGACCGAUUCAAUGCUCCUGCGGCUCCUCAGUUUGCCUUUCUUCUGUCUACAAGAGCAGGAGGUUUGGGCAUUAAUCUGGCAACCGCUGACACUGUUAUCAUCUAUGAUUCUGACUGGAACCCCCACAAUGACAUUCAGGCGUUCAGCAGGGCUCACAGGAUUGGCCAGAACAAGAAGGUGAUGAUCUAUCGCUUUGUUACGAAGGCGUCUGUGGAGGAGAGGAUCACUCAGGUGGCUAAGAAGAAGAUGAUGUUGACCCAUCUGGUGGUGCGCCCUGGACUGGGGAGUAAGACCGGCUCCAUGUCCAAACAGGAGCUGGAUGACAUCCUCAAGUUUGGCACAGAGGAGCUGUUCAAGGACGAGAUCGGAGAGGGGGACAGCAAGGAGGAUGACAGCCAGGUGAUCCACUAUGACGACAAGGCCAUUGACAGACUGCUGGACCGGAACCAGGAGGCCGAAUCCACUGAGGACACAGAGAUCCAGAGCAUGAACGAGUACCUCAGCUCCUUCAAAGUGGCACAAUACGUUGUAAAGGACGAGGAAGAGGAGGAGGAGGAGGUUCAGCGGGAAGUGAUUAAACAGGAGGAGUCUGUGGACCCAGAUUACUGGGAGAAGCUCCUCAGGCACCACUACGAGCAGCAGCAGGAGGACCUGGCCCGUAACCUGGGCAAGGGCAAGAGGACCCGCAAGCCUGUCAACUACAACGACGGCUCCCAGGAGGAACGAGGUAGUAGACGGGCAGAUUGGCAGGAGGAUCAGUCUGACAACAACUCAGAUUACUCUGUGGCUUCAGAGGAGGGAGAUGAGGACUUUGAUGAGCGUUCAGAAGCCAACUCCCGCAGGCCGAAUCGCAAGGGGCUGAGGAACGAACGGGACAAACCACUGCCCCCCCUGCUGGCCAGAGUGGGAGGAAACAUCGAGGUGUUGGGUUUCAAUGCUCGUCAGAGGAAGGCCUUCCUGAAUGCAGUGAUGCGUUAUGGGAUGCCUCCCCAGGAUGCCUUCACCACCCAGUGGCUCGUCAGGGACCUCAGGGGGAAGUCCGAGAAAGAGUUCAAGGCCUACGUCUCCCUCUUCAUGCGUCAUCUCUGUGAGCCUGGGGCUGAUGGCGCAGAGACCUUUGCUGAUGGAGUUCCGCGGGAGGGGUUGUCACGACAACACGUCCUUACACGCAUUGGUGUGAUGUCGUUAAUCAGGAAGAAAGUGCAGGAGUUUGAGCAUGUGAACGGUCAGUGGUCCAUGCCAUGGAUGAUGGAGCUGGAGGAGAACAAGAGGCUGGCGGCCAUCGCUGCAGGGGAGGACACGAAAACACCCUCAACAGGAACCCCUGCUGACACACAGCCCAACACCCCUGUCCCAGAGGAUGUCAAUAAGACUGACGAUGCUGGGAAGGAGAUGGAUGUCCAGAAGGAAGUAGAGUCAGAAAAGGGUCCUGGCAAGACCGAAGACCCAGAGAUUAUUGAAAUCCCAGAUGAGAUGGAAACAGCAUCUGAAAAGAAAGAUACAGAGUCCCCCUCGACAGAAGAGGAGAAAGAAAAAGUAAAGGACAAAGAGACAGAAGAGAAGGAACCUAAGGGGACCUCUAAUGAGAAAGAGGUAAAGGGUGAAAUGUCAGAGCCCACCGCUGGGACAGAAGAGGCCAAACUAAAAGCUGAGGACAGCAAGGAGGAGAUGAUGGACACCAGCCCCUCUGUGGAGGACAAGAAAGAGCAAAAGGAAGAGAAAGAUGUUGUGAAGACGGAGGAGUCUGCCAAGCUGCAGAAUGGAGAGAAUGCUAAAGGAGUGAUAGCAGUGUCUUCAGCGAUGGUAGUUAAUGUGAGUGAGGAGAAGAAGAAAGCUACCAAACAGAGGUUCAUGUUCAACAUUGCAGAUGGAGGAUUCACAGAGCUCCACUCCCUGUGGCAGAACGAGGAGAGGGCAGCCACAGUCACCAAGAAAACAUUUGAGAUCUGGCACCGUCGCCAUGACUACUGGCUUCUUGCAGGCAUCAUUCAACACGGGUACGCUCGCUGGCAGGAUGUGCAGAACGACGUCAAGUAUGCCAUCCUCAACGAACCAUUUAAAGGAGAGAUGAGCCGUGGGAACUUCCUGGAGAUUAAAAACAAGUUCCUGGCCAGAAGGUUUAAGCUGUUGGAGCAGGCAUUGGUGAUUGAGGAGCAGCUUCGCCGGGCGGCCUACCUCAACAUGUCUGAGGACCCAGCCCACCCCUCCAUGGCCCUGAACACGCGCUUCAGCGAGGUGGAGUGCCUGGCCGAGUCCCACCAACACCUCAGCAAGGAGUCCAUGUCAGGGAACAAACCCGCCAACGCCGUACUUCACAAAGUUCUCAAACAGCUAGAGGAGCUUCUCAGUGACAUGAAGGCCGACGUCACACGUCUCCCAGCUACAAUCGCCAGGAUACCACCUGUCGCUGUACGGCUGCAGAUGUCAGAGAGGAACAUACUCAGCCGAUUGGCUAGCCGGGGUUCAGAGGUCACUGGCCAGAGCCAAUCACAGACAACGCAGAUGCAGGUGCCGCGCUGACAAGUCCCAUCCAUCUUCCCCUAGGAGUCCUCCCUCCCGCGUUUUGGAAUCGGGAAAGUGACCCUCAUCUCACCCCGCUCUCCUGUCCCCAGACCCGAAGUCACACUCUGGACAGUAGAGUCUCUCUACCCCCCCCCCCCCCCUUAAACACCUCUACUCUGGAAACCGUAGACUACAACUACUCUGCUUCCUCUUCACUUAACGACACCUAAAGGAACACGGCCUCUCUGCUCCCCUGGGAACUUCCCGUCUUGACAGUAUCUUCCUGAUGAACUAAAUCACUGUCUGUUAUGUGUUGAACCUUCACAGAAAGGUUGUUUUCACUGUAUAAACUAGACGGCUGCAUAGCUGGCUCUGUCCCAUAGAAUUUGAAUGGGUAGAAUGAACAUUUCCACUCUAGUGAACGUUUUAUGAUAAUACGUGGACGUGGUUCUGUGGGUGUGCAGAACUCCAUUUGAUAUGCAACAUGUACCCUUCAAUUGAUCAUCAGUGGGUAUACAAGAUCAUUUGGAAUUUAGAUCAAUUUCUGUUCCGCCUAUUCCAGUUUUGGUUGUGCUUGUGUUGUGUGUGCGUGAGUUUGUCUAUCUGUGCGUGCGUGGGUGGGUGGGUGUGUGUGGGUGUGCGUGUGUGCGCGCACGCGCACUUAUUCUCUCCUGCAGUCUGUUGUUGACAGUGAGCUCUAUGCUUUACCGCAGAGAGACUUAAUUACCGUCAACAAAUGAGAACACUUUAGGAUACUAAUAUUGCUACUCUUUGGUUCUGUGUUACACUUCUGCUCCUCCCACUCUGUUCACAGCUCCCCUCACCUGCAAACUCAGGUGGCCAUGACAUUAGCCUGUGAUUGGCUAUCCCUACAUACACUUCUGCAUACACCGCUACACUGAUUGGCUUCUUGAAUGACUGCAUCAGAAAUGUUUCUGAAGACUUCUGUCCCCUUUUUGCCCAAAUAAGGACAUGCAACAGAACCACACAUUUAGACACCUGGGACAGCAUUGAGAAUGAUUGCAAUCUCUAAGUUAAUUUAAUUUCUUACAGUCAAAUGUUUUGUUAUUUUACAUUUUGCGAUAUUAUUAUGGUUACCACCUUGUUGUUUUUAACGGUGCAGUUUCUUUUUAAGAACUAUAAUAAAAAGGGUAACAGUUUGAGAA